UUCUUAUAAUUCAAAAACCAAUAUUAUUUUAUAUUUGAUAUUCCAAAUUUCAAGGGUUUUUUUCUGGACCUAGACUGGAAUGUUGUGGUUUUGGUCUUUUUUAUUAGACAAGCCAAGUUGGGUCUUAAAUCUCUAAAUUUCAGCAUGAUUGUUAAAGGCUUUAUAUACUUGGAGGGGGAGCAGAUUAAAAAAAAUUGUAGUUUAUUUCUUAAUCACUGUUAUGGAGUAAAUAUUAACCAUAAAAUAGAACUGCUCAGCCUAAAUGUCCAGGGGACAGACAGCAUCAAAUCCAUGUGUCUUGUGGGGCCUGUUAGUUUUGUUUCAUUACAAAUGGUCUGAGACUAUGCUGCAGCAAUUUAAAGCUCUUUUCUAUCUGCAUUAAAAUGCUUUGGAUAUUGGACUAAAACACUUUCACAAGCAGGUAGCUUAAUUUUUGUAGUUCCUUUUAAAAGGGAAGGUCAUGCAAGUGUUGUUACAUUGCAGGUUAACUUCUGUGAUUCGGUAAGGAUCAUGUAAUUAUUGAAAUAUGCAUGGCAUGCUGCUGGCAGCAUUAUUUACAAAGGGUAUCCCAGAGACCUCGGGAGAUGUUUUAUUCUUAGUUACAGGCUGAAUUCCAGCCUCCUUUGCCAACAGGGGGGAGGAAAUUAUAUUCUCUGCUUUCCUAGCUUGGUGUGGAGAUCUUACUGGAAGGCUUUCUAGAGCUGAAUGGAUUAAAGUUCCUGCUAAGAACUGUUCGUGAUCAGCUGGAUUUAGGAGGUAAAUGGCACAAGGUGCUGCUCUUUUCAGGACACACCCAUUAGGAAAAUUCACCUGAGCACUUUUAGUACAGGAACCUUGCACAGUUCCUUCCUGGCUUUGUUCUUACGCUCUUCUCAGCAAUGAAGUAAUUCAAAGUUGUGUUGUGGGACCUUGCAGGAUUCUUGAGUGAUGUGCAUGAAGAGGCAUCAGCUGUCUCAGGGAACAGGGAGUGCUCCCUUUCCCCUUCUGGUGGUGUUACAUACUGAUUUUUGAAGGUCACCUGGCUACAGUUAUCAGGAUUUUUCACUGACUGCAUCCUCACCCAUUACAAUGUAGGGUCAGACCUUGUUCUGUGGUUGGCCAACUGAGACCCAAAGGGACAUUUUGAGCAUCCAUGGUCCUGGUGCUUGAGCUGAGGGAUUCUGUUACCUGCUGUCUGUCAGCUGCUUCAAUCCCCUCCAGGUGCACAGGGGAGGCUUUUUUUGUGAGUGAUCACAGACUUAAGAUCUUUAGUGCCUAGACAUCAAGCAAAGAGAGAACUCAUAAAAAAAAUCUGUUCUGUUUAAAGACAAAGUGGACACAAGUGAAGGAGGAAACUGAAGGAAUGAAGAAAAAAUUGGUUUGUGUGGUGAGAACUUUUCUUGCACAUCAGCAAUUUUUUCUUUCUACUUUCCUGUUUUUCGUCAUCUGCUUUUGGGGAUAAGACAUCAUGAAGAAACAUUCUAAAAAAUUUAGGCAGCAGUGAAUAGCCAUUCUGGGUGUUAUGUAGGAUUAGUUCCAAAUUGUUAAAUAGGAAUGAGUAUCCUGGGUUAGUGCAUUUUAAGCUUUUACAAAUAGGCUCUUCAGCUGUUACUUGCAUCCACUGAUGCUUGUAAGACCUAUGCAAGUGCCACAAUGAUAUUGUGAUUAUUUUCUCUUAGGAAUCUUAGCACACACAAUCUUUUAUUUUCAUUGCAGCUGCAUGGCUGUAGAAUAGCUUCCCUGUGUGUGUUUAUACAAUACCAGCCUAUCACCUCCUGUUACUUGGAGUCUAUCCACAAUUUAGUAUUAUAUCAACCAUAUAAAUUCCUAAAUAACAAUAUUGCUAUAGGACAUCUGUGGGUUUUCAUCCAAAUAUAAUAGGUUUAUGUUUUCUUCUGUAUGCUUUGUUUGUUCAGGCCAUUGAUACACAAACUCUGCUUGUUUUAUGUGGGUUUUGGCCACAUUCCUGUGUCUCAGGAGGUACUUUGGUCACUCGUCGGCCCAGCAGAGACCAUUGUGGUGCUGUUGGGCAGAGCAGUGCAGCUAGCAGGAAGAAAUUCUUCAAAACACUUCAGAAAAGUGAGGACAGCCUCCUCUGUUCACUCACACAGGUGGGAGGCAUUUACACUGUGAUCCAGACAAAAGCCAAAACUACAGCAGAUGAAUGGGGUGAAAACUAUUUCCUGAUUGGCCCCUAUUUUGAGCAGAAUGUGAAGACUCAGGUGGAAUUCACUGAACCUCCAAACCCUGCAGUUAAGAAGGCAAUGGACACCAUGAAAAGCCAAGGGUGUCAGGUCUUUUUUGGAAGAUGGCUGAUAGAGGGCAGCCCUUAUGUCUUACUGUUUGAUAUAGGAUCAGCAGCUUGGAACCUGGACAAGUGGAAAGGUGAAUUUUGGGAAGUCAGCAACAUAGGGAUCCCUUUUCAUGACCGAGAAGCCAAUGAUGCUGUGAUUUUUGGAUCAUUAACAGCCUGGUUUUUGAAAGAGCUUUCCUGUCAGUUUGAUGACAAGCCCAAUAUAAUUGCCCACUUCCACGAGUGGCAGGCAGGAGUGGGUUUAAUCCUGUCUCGAUCACAGAAACUUCCCGUCGCCACAAUUUUUACUACCCAUGCAACUCUGCUUGGCAGAUACUUGUGUGCAGCCAAUAUUGACUUUUACAACAAUCUGGACCAAUUUGACAUUGACAAGGAGGCUGGAGAGAGGCAGAUUUACCAUCGGUACUGUAUGGAAAGGGCAUCUGUGCAUUGUGCCCAUGUGUUCACCACAGUCUCCCAGAUCACAGCUACAGAAGCAGAACAUAUGCUUAAAAAAAGCCCUGAUGUUGUCACCCCAAAUGGCUUGAACAUUAAGAAAUUUUCAGCAAUGCAUGAGUUUCAGAAUUUGCAUUCCAUGUACAAGGCUAGGAUCCAAGAGUUCAUUCGAGGUCAUUUCUAUGGCCACCUUGACUUCGAUCUUGACAAGACCUUGUUUUUCUUCAUUGCUGGGAGAUAUGAGUUUUCCAACAAAGGAGCUGAUAUGUUUCUAGAAGCCUUAUCAAGAUUAAACUUUUUGCUGAGGGUUCACAAGGCUGAUGUUACAGUUAUCGUGUUCUUCAUCAUGCCAGCAAAAACCAACAAUUUCAAUGUGGAAACCUUGAAAGGACAAGCAGUCCGGAAGCAGCUCUGGGACACUGCACAGUCUGUGAAAGAAAAGUUUGGAAGGAAACUCUACAAUGCCUUGCUGAAAGGAGAAAUCCCAGACCUGAACAAGAUUCUUGACCGAGAUGACAUAAGCAUUAUGAAAAGAGCCAUCUUUUCAACUCAGAGACACUCUCUGCCUCCAGUGACCACCCACAACAUGAUUGAUGACAGCAAUGACCCAAUUCUCAACACCAUCCGGCGCAUUGGGCUGUUCAACAACCGCACAGACCGCGUGAAGGUGAUCCUACAUCCAGAGUUUCUUUCUUCAACAAGCCCCUUGCUGCCCUUGGACUAUGAGGAGUUUGUUAGAGGCUGCCACCUUGGUGUAUUCCCAUCAUACUAUGAACCCUGGGGCUACACUCCAGCUGAGUGUACUGUGAUGGGCAUUCCCAGUGUAACCACAAACCUCUCUGGAUUUGGCUGUUUCAUGCAGGAACAUGUUGCUGACCCAGAAGCUUAUGGGAUCUACAUCGUGGACAGGAGGUUCCGCUCGCCGGACGAGUCGUGCAACCAGCUGACCCAGUUCCUGUACGGGUUCUGCCAGCAGAACCGGCGCCAGAGGAUCAUCCAGAGGAACCGCACCGAGCGCCUCUCCGACCUCCUGGACUGGAAGUACCUGGGCAGGUAUUACAUGCAUGCCAGACACUUGGCCCUCAGCAGAACAUUCCCAGAUAAAUUUGAGAUGGAACCAAGUGCUCCACCAAAGACGGAAGGUUUCAGGUUCCCCAGGCCUUCAUCGGUGCCGCCAUCGCCCUCUGUCUCCCAGCAUUCCAGCCCUCACCACAGCGAGGCCGAGGAUGAAGAUGAGGAUGAGAGAUACGACGAGGAUGAGGAAGCUGAAAGGGAUAGGCAGAACAUCAAGUCCCCCUUUUCCCUUGGAGCCUUGCCACAAGGAAAGAAGAAGCAGCAUGGAGAAUACAGGAACUGAACUGGUUGCUCUCCCCAUCCACCCAACAGAUUCUCCUGUAGGCUUGGCAAGCUUUCUGUUAAGGACAGUGUGAUGUAAUUAGGGGAACCCUAAAUGUUGCUUGAGCUACACUUUUGGAAAGCUUAAUAUUAUUUCACCUUGAAAGUAGUUUAAAUGACAAUUUUUCUGUGCCCCUUUGAGGUAGAAGAGAUUUUUCAGGCUUAAUAAAACUAGAGGAUGAGACAAUACCCUCAGGAGCUUAUACAAACUGCAAAUCAUACCUUUGUCUGUGGAAUCAACUGUAUUAAUCAUAGUCUAGACAAAUAGCUACAUUUUGGGUAUCCCAAAGGAAUUUCUGCUUCAUUUAUGUUUCCCCUUUUCCCCUCCUAAACUAACAUGAACUUUAAACCAGAGCUCAAAAAACUAGAGGGAAUAAAAGAGUGUUUCACUGGAGAAAUAUUGGAAGAGUUUAAAAAGAUACACUGAAAAGAAAAUGGUCUUUCUUUUUCCUGAUGCUGUUUAUUGUAAGCUUACAUAACAUUUUUUUACAGCAAACAGAAGUGUCUUAAUCCAGUGGUAAAACAUACUUCCUGUGGAACAAUAUAAUGUCUUAUGCAGUGGGCAUUUGAA